CCACCGCAGUGCGCUGGGAACUUUCCCCACCUUGCUGGCCGGCCACCGCGCACGCACGGCACGACUAGCUACGUGUGUGGGUGGGGCGUACCUGCGCGACGGUUUUGCCUCUGGCCUCGGCGAUCUCGGCGAGCACCGGGGGCUCGAGCACGGCGUUGCCUUUCCCGUCCCAGGUCUGGCCUCCCAGCGGCGGGCGAGUACGCCGCGACGUGGAUGCCCUUGUCGGCGCAGUACGACCUCAGCGUCCGCUGCUUCCACACCGGGUUCAGCUCCACCUGCAGAUCAAACAGGAGAGGACGCAGCGAGAAUGCGGAUGGAGGGUCGCAGUGCUUGUUGUGUACUAUUUAUCUUGGAUCAUGGAAGGACGAUGGUGUCCAUCGAAUUCCGAGUCCGUUUCCAAUCCUCUGCAGUUUGGAUUGGAUCUCGUGACGUGCUUGUUCGCUCUGGUCACAAUCAUCAUCCCCGACCCGGAUUCGGCCGGCGUGCCUCCAUGAUAUACACCUCUACCAGCAGAGGAGCAUGCAGCAGGCAGACGAUCGAUGGAGAAGCGCCGCCGCCGGAUCACGGUCACGGCUGCGGCCAGCAUCAUCCCGGACGACCUGCUGGUCUCCGAGGUCCUCGUCCGCCUCCCGGCCAGGUCCCUCGCGCGCUGCAGGUGCGUGUGCCGCUCCUGGCGCGCCGGGAUCGCCGCCGCCGCCUUCGUCCGCCGCCACCUCGAGCUGUCCCGCGCGGCGCAGUACCACCACCCCUCCGUGCUCGCCAUCCCUCGCCGGAUCGACUCUCUCGACAACCGCGCCACGUGCGAGGACAUCAGCUUCCACCGCCUCCUCCUGCCGCCGCCAGGACCACGACGCCGGGCACGGGCUCCGCCGGAGAUCGUCCACGCCGAGCUCGUCUUGGAGAAGGCCUGGCCCGAUGAGGGCAUCACGCGCCUCAUCGACCCCGCGCACUGCGACGGCCUGGUCGCCGUCGCCACCGUCACCGACAGGGUGUUCGUCUGCAACCCGGCCACCGGAGAGUUCGUCGCGCUGCCGCUUGGCAGCCACAACGCCGAGCUGGAUCACUACGACUACGAUAAUUUCGUCCCGCAGGUGGCCCUCGGCUUCGACCGGUGGCGCAAACACUACGUCGUCGCCAGGUACUUCUACCGGACGUACGCCGGCGGCGGCCAGGACGAUGACGUCGGCCACGAGGUGUUCGCUCUCGGAGCCGGCGGCGGCGGCUCAUGGGAGCCGACGCAGGACCCGCCGCACGCCGUGGGAGUGCAGAGGCCGAUGUGCACGCGGCGGGCCUUCUACUGGCACGCCGACGAGCCGGAGCCGCGGCUGAUGCGGUUCGGCCUGCGGGACCGGGCGUUCGCUGUGGUGCGGCGCCCUCCCACCGGCUGGAACCCCGUCGACGACAUGCUGGACCUGGAGGACGGGAGCAAGCUCUGCUACGUGCACGCCGCCGCGGACGCGUCGUUCCAGGUCUGGCUGGCCGACGACGACGACGAGGAGCUGCGGUGGUCGCUGCGCUGCCGCAUCGACCUCCUCGACCCGGACCCCGGCGUCCAGUACAACUUGAUGCCGGUGGCCGCCGCCGACGACGGGGACACCCUGGUGGCCCACGCCAUCGGCACGCUGUGGAAGUACGACAUGGGGAACCAAGGUGCGGAGGAAGCGGUGGUGGAGAUGCACAACGUGAUGUACGGCCGUCGGGACGGAUCCAAGUUUUUUCUGGCCCAGUCAUUCCAUUCCGAACACCACAUCCUGCCUUACAUUGAGAGUUUGGUCGCGAUCGCUUAGAGCACGUAACUGCUAAGCUGAUAACAGCACCAAGUUGAUCAAACACAAUGAUGGCCUGGAACUCGAUCUGACUCCAUCUUUACCUAUUGUAGCUUGCUGCAGGUAUAGUUUGACGAUAGACAUACAGCCAUACUAUGUAUCUUUUGUUUGUGUCAUUAAUUUGGUUUAGUGGCGAGCAGUUCCAAUAUGUUCAUAACUUCGUACUCAUGAAGUUAAUGGCAUCUUAAUACGUCAUUUGAACUCGAUCACCGUCAUUUGGUUC